GAGCCCUCUACAGGGAUGUCAUGCAGGAGAACUAUGAGACGGUGACCUCGCUGGAGUUUCCAGUUUCCAAAUUUGAUGUGAUCUCCCAGCUGGAACGAGGAGAAAAGCCAGGGGUGCCAGAUGUCCAGGGCUCAGAUGAAAGAGAGAUCUGGAGGGAUGCCUGCCCAGCAGGUGAUGGGAUGUUGAAUGAGAACAAGGAGCAGAAUCCUCAGCAGCAAGAUGCUGAGCAAGUGGAAGCACAUUCGAGAUUUUCAGAAAGAUCCAAAGGGAAUGUGUCCAGGCAUCAUGUGGAGGAAAAAGCCUGUGAGAGUGAGCACAGUCCAGAGAGAGAGCAGGGAAAGAAGACAGGGGAGAAAAUGAGUAAAUCCAUUAAUUAUCAGGAAACUCAGAAGGAAACCACAGCCCAGAAGAGAAUCCUCACAAGAGAGCAAAGCAACACAUGCACUGAAUGUGGGAAAAAAUUCAGUAGCCGCUCACACCUUAUAGAACAUCAGAGAAUUCACACAGGGGAGAGACCCUACGAGUGCUGUGAGUGCAGAAAAAGCUUCACUCGGAGCUCAACCCUUGUGAGGCAUGAGAGGGUCCACACAGGAGAGAGACCCUAUGAAUGUUGUGACUGUGGGAAAACCUUCAGUCAGAGUUCAUCCCUUAUUACACAUCAGAGGAUCCAUACGGGAGAGAGACCAUACGAAUGCCAUGAGUGCAGGAAAAGCUUUGCUCGGAUCUCAACCCUUGUUGUGCAUCAGAGCACCCACACAGGAGAGAGACCCUAUGAAUGCUGUGAGUGCGGGAAAAGCUUCAGUCAGAGUUCAUCCCUUAUUGCACAUCAGAGGAUCCACACAGGAGAGAGACCCUAUGAAUGCAGUGAGUGCAGGAAAAACUUCAGUAGUCGCUCAGGGCUUUUUGACCAUAAGAGAAUUCACAGAGGGGAGAGACCUUAUGAAUGCUGGGAGUGCGGGAAAACCUUCACUCGGAGCUCACACCUUAUUACACAUCAGAGAAUCCACACAGGAGAGCGCCCCUAUGAAUGCUGUGAGUGUGGGAAAAACUUCUCUCAGAUCUCAGCCCUUAUCAGACAUCAAAGAAUUCACACAGGAGAGAGACCUUAUGGAUGCUGUGAGUGUGGGAAAAACUUCUCUCAGAGCUCAGCCCUUACUGCACAUCAGAGAAUCCACACAGGAGAGAUCCCCUAGAGAUGCUCCUUGUGGGAAAAAGCUUCCAUCAGAGUUCAGUUUUAUCAUCAGAGAAUCCACACGGGAGAUAAACACAAUAAAAACCUUAUCUAGAGCUGACCAAAAAAAAUUCUUUAAUACUUUUGCUAAUUCCCACAUAGUGGCCUUUCAGGCUGUUUGAAUCAUUUACAUUACCAUGGUCUCUCCAAUCUCUUUUUGCCUCUCGAGGUCCCUUCCUUUCCUACAAAUCCAUGACUUUGUGUGGAAGUUAUGUCCAAGCACAAGAUGGUUUGGAAAAUUAUUAAAACGAUUCCUCUUAAUCCAAAAUGCUGGCUUCCUAGAGAUACCUUCACCUGCUCACUUAGUUCUGCAGUAAAGGAUCUGCCUUUGAAACAGAAUGCCAGAUGAAUCCAUCUUUAUUGCUAGCAGUUAGACACUGUAUUGAAUAUUCUUGGAAAAAUGUGACCCGCUUUCUCCUGUGGCACCGAGUAUAUAAAAAUAUAGACUGUUCUUGUAGUGGAAAAGUUUUAUAUCAACUACAUAAGCAAGAGAAGUGACAAAAAAAGAGGAUAGCUAUUCAGCAAUUUCGUCAUAUAUUCUCUCGGACUCGGGAGGUGGUGGAAUCUCCAUCCUCAGAGGUUUUUACGGCCCAGCUUGACAAAGCCUUGGCUGGGAUGAUUUAGUUGGUGUUGGUCCUGCUUUGAGCAGGGGAUUUGACUAGAUACCUCCUGAGGUCUCUUCCAAUCCUAAUGUUCUACGAUUCUGUGAGUUAAUGGGCCAUGUUAAGGCAUUGCUGAAAGAGGGCAGAGUUAAUGUGGAUGUGGAACCUUAAUUGUGCCUUAACUUGUUUUCACAUGUUUGAGUUUUGCUGAAGUUGAGGUUUGCAAGGGGUUGACAUCCUCCCAGACAACCAUAAUUGUGUUGAUGAAGGUUUUUGCCCUUUAAUUAAUACCGGGGCAAAGGCCCUGGCUGCCCACUAGAUAUUAAUGAGUGUGCAAAGUCAACACCUAAUCCUAAAUGCUUAGGAUUAAAAUAAUGAUCAUCUCUGUGGGCCACCACUCCUUUAAACCAAUCAAGCCCCAAUCAAAGCUUGGAAGGGGACAUUGAAAAAUGCAUAAGAAUUUUUUCUAUGUCUGAAGAACAGAGCUCUAGGCUUUACUUUGGAAUUCAUUAACAAUUAGCCAUGCACCCUUUCAUUUACAAACAUGGCCCAUUGCUGAGAUCUCCCAGGGGUUUUAAAUUUAACACCCAAGGACUUGAUGACCUCUUUUUAUUUCCAAAAUUUCAACUCAACACCUUUGUCUCCCAUGUCCUCUGGUGGCCUCACAUGCCUAUGUGGUCUCUUGCAGUGUAUGUGCUUGCUGCAAGGCACAGACCAAUAAAUCCUUUGGACUCCUGCAACCACUUAAGACUCCACCAGGUCCCUGGACAACCAUCACCUAGAUUUUGUAGUUAAAGUAUCCAAGUCUAAUGGGUUCAUGACAAUAGUGAACCACCGCAUAAAGAUUGGAUAGUUCAUCCCCUGCACUGGUUUACCAUACUCCCUCCUCUGCCUACCAUGCUUAGAUGAAUAGUUAAGUAGAAAGAACCAACAAGAUCCUGGAACAGUAUGUUCAAUGCUACAUAAACUUCCACCAACGCAACUAGUCUGCAACCUCAGGGAGAGCUUGUGUACAGUAAUGUAGAACACAGUUCUACAUGGCAAAGCCCUUUUAUUUCAAACAAUGAGUUCCACCCUUGGUUCUACCUGGAAUUACCGGCAACUUCCCAAAAUGCAGCAGCCCUGGACUGGAUUCAACACAAACAUCAAACCUAAAAUGGCAUAAACAUUCACCUGGAGGACACGAAGAAGAUCUACAAACAAUAUGCAACCCAUUGAAGAGAAGAGGGCCCUGCCAUUAUGCUAGGCCAGAAGGAAUGGCUCCCCGUGAAAAACCUACACAGGAACAGGCCAACUCAUCAACUGGAUUGCCAGUUCUUUGGGCCCUACCAAGUAAGCUGGCAAAUUCAUCCAGUCACUGUUGAAUUCAACUUACCCCAUUUCCUUGGCAUAAUCCUAGUUUUCCAUUAAACACUUCUGAAACCCUA